GUGAGAGAGAGAGAGAGAGAGAGUCUGUCCUCUUGAACAACGUCUCCAGACUGGCUCAUGUUUUAGUUCUGUUUAGUUCCACUGCUUGUACCUGCUGUUCUCCUGUGUUCCUGUGUUUGCAGUUGAGAGGGGAAAUGCUCUGUCUGAGAAACCGUCUUUGCCGCAAUUCCAUUCUCCUGAUGCUCCUCGUUCCGGCCUUCUCCCUCUUGAACAAUGACAUUGGAACCAAGCAGAGUGUGCACGUGUCAGGUGAUGAGAGUGGGCUCGUGGUGGUUCAGACUGCCCCAGGGAAAGUCCUCACUCACCGAGGAGGCUCCAUCAUCUUGCCCUGCAGAUACCACUACCAGCCGGAGAGCCAGGACCCCAGUAAGAUCCGCAUCAAAUGGACCAAGGAGUCCAACUCACUGCAGAGCACCGACGUUUUUGUGGCCUUGGGCAAAAUUCAGAAAGCAUUUGGGAUCUACAAGGGGAGAGUGUGGUUGCAGGGGGACGGAGAAGGCGAUGCAUCCCUCAUCAUGCAGGACGUGACACUGCAGGAUUACGGGAGAUACGAAUGUGAAGUCAUAGAUGAGCUUGAGGAUGAUACAGGAAUCGUCAAAUUGAAUUUGGAAGGUGUGGUGUUUCCUUACCAUCCGCGGUUGGGACGUUACACGUUAAACUUCGAAGAUGCUAAAAAGGCAUGCGCCGAGCAGGAUGGGAUACUGGCCUCAUACGAACAACUGCAUGAGGCGUGGCAAAAAGGACUGGACUGGUGUAACGCAGGCUGGCUGGAUGAUGGCUCCGUCCAGUACCCCAUUUCCAUACCCCGAUUCAAGUGUGGCAGGUCAGACCAGGCCGCUGGCAUUAGGAACUAUGGCUACCGGCACAAGGAUGACGAGCGCUAUGAUGCUUUCUGCUUCACCUCCAACCUCAAAGGUAAUGUUUACUUCUUGAGGACUUACCGGAAGCUGAACUAUGGUGAAGCGGUGAAGGCGUGCGAGAAGAGCGGGGCAUCCAUCGCCAAGGUGGGCCAGCUGUAUGCAGCCUGGAAGGUGCAGUUACUCGACCGCUGCCAAGCGGGUUGGCUGGCAGAUGGAAGUGUCCGUUACCCCAUCGUCAACCCUCGAGCCAAGUGUGGCGGCAAGGAGCCCGGUGUCCGCAGUUUCGGCUUCCCAGACAAGAAGCGCAGACUCUACGGAGUCUACUGUUUCAAGAAGAAGGAAUGAGGGAGAGGGAGAGUGUGUGUGUGUGAAAGAGAGAGAGAGAGAGAGAGGGGGGCAGAAAAACGAAUGGGUCAGGACUUUAGAAGUUCUCUGAGAACGACAAAGUUUUAAAGCAAAAACAGAUUCAGAUCUUAGAAUGAACUCACUUUUCUCCUCAAUCUCAGGCUAGAACGAUGUGAAUGUAAAAGGCCAAAAGAUAUGUGAUUAUGUUUAUAGAUUAGGAUGCUUCUAGUUUCUAUUUAUCCUCUGAAAAUAGUGCAUGCUUUUAAAUGCAAUGUGAAGAGUUUCAAAAUCCUAAAUGUCAUCAUUCCAGAGAGGAUGUUAAAGCGUCAACGUGACAAAAUUAGGGAUUCCCUUACUCUGAAAUUUGGCUCUAAACCAGUGAUGGGCAACCUAGGCGAGUAAGUGGGCCACAUGAGAGGCCCUCCUUCACCUCAGUGGGCCGCAAGAUUGAAAUCGGGCAUG